AAAAAGGACGCAGACGGGCUGCCUGCGUUCGCCAUUCCGGAAAUCGGAGAGGGCGGGGGAAUUAAGUUUUCUGUCUUGCUGGUAACUUGUGGUUUUGCUUCCCUCCGCCUCCCCUCUGGACACAGCUUCUCCAUCUCUCUGAGAAAACUGAAACCUUUUGACUGUCAAGAGAAGCAAAAACUGAUAGAUGAAGCCCGAGAAAACUACGAGCAUGAAAUCAAUUGGUGCAUCAACUUGAUAGAAGACUACAGAAUCAGAGUAGGUUGCUGCUCGUUCAGAGGGUCCUUCUUGGAGUAUUGUUCGGACGCCAUGAGUUACCCAGUUCGAAAAGAAGCCCCUCACAACCUCUCCCAGAUGAAUUUCCCCCAGGUCGAGGAAGGGGACUCCCAGGGGUCUCUCUCUGAGACCCCGCCCAACCAGCGGGUGAAGAAAGUCCUUCCCGACCGGACGCGGGCGUUGAGGGACCGAGCCAACGGGAAGAUUGUGGAUUUCAUCGUGAAGGCCAAGGGGGCCGAUGGGCACCUCCGGUCUGUCCUGAAGAACGAGAAGCCCUCCAGGUGGCUGGCCCGCUUCCUCCACGCCCGUCCGUACCUGAGCAGCGUCGAGACGUACCUGGAAGACGACUCCCAGCAGGACCGCGUCUUCAGCCAUUUGCAAGGGGUGUAUCGAGCGAUCGACCCAGAUACCUUGCCCCUGGUGAAUGGAGACCAGGUCAAAUUCAUCCUGGACGUCCUUUUUCCUGAGGCCAUCAUCUACGCCAUUUCCGCCAUUGAUCAGAUCGAUUACAAGAAGGCAGAAGAUAAGUAUAUUAAAGGACCACUGGUGAGCCAAAGAGAGAGACAAAUAUUUGAAGAAGAAAUUUUGGAGCAGAAGAGGAAGCAGCAGAUGGAGAGAGGAUCCCUGGAGGACUGCCUGUGAAACCUUCUCCGACCUGACCUGCAUAGGCAGCCUCUCCUCUGAUGAGUCCGAGCGCACUUAUUUUGUAUAAGAUGAGACACUUUAUUUUUUAAGUACUCGCCUUGACAUCCGAUGAAAUGUGCUUUAAUAAGUGGAUGUGGCCCCCGUAUUAACUGCCUGCCCAGCCAGCGACUAGAAGAAAUUUCACAAUCAAUUUCUGGUGUUGAUACCAGCCCAGCGCCGCGUCGGGCAACACCUGGGUGUUUAAAAUAAACCAUUAAAAACACCACCAGUGUCUGCCGUGCAGAGAGACUGGCCAUAACUCUUAAGACAGGAACCAGGUGGUCUUUCUGACGUCUGCAGACUAUGGCUCCCAUUAGCCCUGGCUGCCAGAGCCAGGGACGAUGGGAUUUCAAAUCUUAACAAUACCCGGCAAGCCAUCCCUGCCUUAAGAGGAGAUAUUUUCGAGCGACCGGUGUGUGUAGGUGUGUCGUUGCCUUUGCUACAUGUACAGGUUUUCCUUGGGAUCAAUUUGUGAGAUUAAACCGAGCUUCUGCCCACCAGACAUAUGAUAGAAUCUCAUUCCAGCAUAACCAUUUUUUGGCCUCUGCCACCAUGGUGGUUUUGAGCAAUCUGUUUAGCUGCACAGGGUGAUGAAAUUGCAAGAGCGUGGCGCUCUGGAUUUUCACAAAUGUUGUAUGCAUCUACCUCCCCCAUGUUCUCUGGAAUUACUACUACAUUUUUUUUUAAUUUGGGAAAAAAGAAAAUAAAAUGACCCUCAAACGGGUCCCUUGGUUGCGUGGCUUCUCUUUAUGGAGGUGGGCUGGACUUCUUGAGCGAUAUAUGAUGGGUGGGAUCUCGCUCUUCUCUGCAACCUGUCCAGAAA